GGGGGCGGGGGCCGGGAGCAGCGGGGCGGCCGUGCAAGUCGACGCGUGGACAGAUAGACCUGCGGACGGGACAGCCGUAGGCCCUCCGAGCCCUGCUCAGCCCCUGAUGCGCGGGGGUCCGCAGCCCCUCUUGCCGGGGGAUGCUGGGGGAUUCCUGGCGCCGGGCAUCUGGGCCGCCCGCUAAACCCUUGUGCCUACCCCGUGCCCCCGGGGAACCGGAGCCCGGCCGCAGGCAAAGAGAAGCGGGGGCCGAGACGCUGCUGGGUGCGGGGCGGGGAGGGGGCUGUUGGCCCCAGGCCCGAGGGCAUGGAGCGGUUGGGAGAGAAAGCCAGCCGCCUGUUUGAGAAGUUAAGACUCUCGGACUCCGGCAGCGCUAAGUUCGGCCGCAGAAAGGGUGAAUCUAGCCGGUCUGAUGGGACCCCCGGGCCGGCCAAAGGGCGCCUGAGUGGGUCGGGGGGACCGAGGAAAUCAGGGCCCCGUGGAGCUACCGGGGGGCCUGGGGAUGAGCCGCUGGAACCAGCCCGGGAGCAAGGACCCCUGGACGCUGAGCGCAACCCGCGCGGCUCCUUUGAGGCGCAGCGCUACGAGGGCUCCUUUCCCGGGGGGCCGGCUCCCACCCGGGCCUUGCCUCUACCUCAGUCACUGCCCCCAGACUUUCGGUUGGAGACCACGGCCCCAGCCCUCAGCCCCCGCUCCAGUUUCGCCAGUAGCUCCGCCAGCGACGCGAGCAAGCCGUCCAGCCCCCGGGGCAGCCUGCUGCUGGACGGGGCGGGGGCCGGCGGGGCCGGCGGGAGCCGACCCUGCAGCAAUCGCACCAGCGGCAUCAGCAUGGGCUACGACCAGCGCCACGGCAGCCCCCUGCCCGUCGGGCCGUGCCUGUUCGGCCCGCCUCUGGCUGGGGCUCCGGUGGGCUACUCGCCCGGAGGGGCGCCGUCCGCUUAUCCCGAGCUCCACGCCGCCCUAGACCGACUUUGCGCUCACCGGCCCCCGGGGUUCGGCUGCCAGGAAAGCCGCCACUCGUACCCCCCGGCCCUGGGCAGCCCUGGGUCUCUAGCCGGGUCUGGAGUGGGAGCGGCGGGGCCCCUGGAGAGACGAGGGGCGCAACCCGGACGACAUUCGGUGACCGGCUACGGGGACUGCGCGGCGGCCGCCCGGUACCAGGAGGAGCUCACGGCGUUGCUGCGCUUGACGGCGGGCACAGGUGGACGCGAGAUCGGUGCCCGCGGGGAGCCCUCGGGGAUGGAGCCGUCUGGUCUCGAGGAGCCACCGGGUCCGUUCGUCCCGGAGGCCGCCCGGCCCCGACUGCGGGAGCCCGAGGCCAGAGAGGACUACUUCGGCACCUGUAUCAAGUGCAACAAAGGCAUCUAUGGGCAAAGCAACGCCUGCCAGGCCCUGGACAGCCUCUACCACACCCAGUGCUUUGUCUGCUGCUCCUGUGGGCGAACUUUGCGCUGCAAGGCUUUCUACAGCGUCAACGGCUCUGUGUACUGUGAGGAAGAUUAUCUGUUUUCAGGGUUUCAGGAGGCAGCUGAGAAAUGCUGUGUUUGUGGUCACUUGAUUUUGGAAAAGAUCCUACAGGCAAUGGGAAAGUCCUAUCACCCAGGCUGCUUCCGAUGCAUCGUGUGCAACAAGUGCCUGGAUGGCAUCCCCUUCACAGUAGACUUCUCCAACCAGGUGUACUGUGUCACCGACUACCACAAAAAUUAUGCUCCUAAAUGUGCGGCCUGCAACCAACCCAUCCUCCCCUCAGAGGGCUGUGAGGACAUUGUGAGGGUGAUCUCCAUGGACCGAGAUUAUCACUUCGAGUGCUAUCACUGUGAGGACUGCCGGAUGCAGCUGAGUGAUGAAGAAGGCUGCUGCUGUUUCCCUCUGGACGGGCACUUGCUCUGCCACAGCUGUCACAUGCAGCGGCUCAACGCUCGACAGCCCCCUGCCAACUAUAUCUGAGCUGUGGUCACUGCUGCUGCCAUCGCCACCAUUGACAAAUUCCUCUGGCCAGUGGGCCCCUGAGGCCAGCUGAGGCAAGGAUGUACCUUGCAGGCCUGGCAGAAGAGUCCUUUGGGGAGGGCCCCAAGGGCCAGAGACCCAAAGAUCAUGACAUUCCAAAUGGAUUGUGGAGGAGGAACCUUCCAGUUACCGUGGUGGGGAUGACUGGCUUCCUUCCCACAUGUGCAACCUGUGCUGUAGCAUAUACGUAAGCACACACAGGCGGGCUCCCAUACACUGUAAAGGUCUGAUUCUAGUCUGUAUUUCCAGUAUAAGUCUAUGUGUAAAUCAGCAAAUGCUGUGGUCCUGGAUUACAGGAAGGGAAGACAUCAUGGAAGCUCCUAACUAUUUUGUAGCCCACACACGGGGUCAGAUAGGAGGUCAAACAGGUUCUUACCACACCACAGUCUCUUAUUUCUGUAUCUAGAUGAAGAGGUGGACCUUAUAAAUGAGUUAUUUCUUGGCCACCUGCUCUCUAAGGACUAAGAGAGCUGCUCACCUCAAGGCUGGGAAUAGAGACCAGCUCCAGGUGGGCCUGCUGCCUGUAUUGCCUGAUUCUCAGGGACUCACGUGAGCCUGGGAAGACUAACUGGGUGCCUUACUUCUCAGCUGGUGGAGGUGGUAAUGAGUAGGCCUUGGGGUAUGGAAUUGCUGGGGGAGACAUUUAUGGAGUUUCGAGCUAGUCACACUCCCCAGGUGUAAGUGCAUUGAGCCCUCCUGCCCAGUAUAGGCACCCAGGGGCAUGUUCUCACACACACCUACUCGCUCCAUUCUCAGGUCACUCUUGCACUUGGUCCCUAGCAGCAGCUCACUACUCCGGAGCUGCCACCUUUCAGAGGGAUCCAGGAUUACAUCUACUGUAACCCCCAAACUCUGAGGUUCUGGGGCGCCACAGGGGCAGAACACUUUGACUUGGUUCUAGUUCAGUUUUGCUGAAAUUCGUUUACCUAAAGCUAGAUCUCUUAAAACCAUUUCACUGAAAACCUGUGUGUUUAAAGUUACUACCACUGCCAAAGGCUCAAAUCCCUUUUGGGUAUUUUUUUAUUUUUAUUUUUUAGCCAUUUAGGUAUUCUAUUCUUUUUUGUCAUGCUUUGGGUAUUUCAAGGAUUUAUAUCUAUUCAUCCAAGAGUACUUCUGAAUUGCCAGCAACAUAAAUUUAUCAAAUUUGCAGCACUUUGUAAAUGAUAAGAUUGCUUCCUCCUACCUUGAUGGGUAUCUCUAUGUUAUUUGCUUUUCAAACACUUUUUUUUAAAAAAGCUUAAAGUUUCUAGCAAUAAAUAUAAUUGGUACAGACAUUUUGUGUAUCAUUUUUUUGUGUGUUUCUUAAUCCAAUAUUCCUUUACAAAUUAGAUGCCCUGAAAAAAAUAACGAAGCUCAAUAUGAUUUUAUGCUUUGGUCUAACUUCUACACCCAUGCUGUUAAAAUGCCAAUAUAUCCAAAGCAAAUGAACAGGCAUGUGGCUUAUUCAGUUGACUAACAAUUCAAGGUUAUACAGACAACAUCAUUAAAUAGUGAAAGUGUGAAUCUGCUAGAUUCUUUUGAAAAUGCUGCAGAUUUGAUAAAUAUUUAUUUUAGACUAAUUAUCUCUAGGUAAAUUGGUUUUAGGCAAAUUAAUCUGAUAAUUAAUCUUGGAUCCUUAGUCUUCAUUCUCUAUCACUUAGAAUUUCACAGUGGAAAUGAUGACUCCUGAGAACAGACAUUUCACAUUUAGGGAUUAUUCUAAGAUGACUGUGCCAGCCAACCUGGGAAAUGCAGAGAAGAGACCUCAGUGUGAAUGUGAGUGAGAGAGUUCAGAUUCAUACCACUGACUGCCUGAGGUGGGAAAUGCACUUUUUUGGAGGGGUGAAUGUUCUGAUUCUAGAUUACUUGUUCUACAGCUGAGAUUCUGAACUAUUAUCAUUAAAUAAGUGAGUAUGAAGACUGUGCCUGGGAAAUUUUCUCAGCAGGAUGCUCCAGGCCUGGGAAAUGGGAGAAGUAUGUGUAGCUUUAUAUCCAUCUCUUCAGUUCUGUCUUUACUCUUGGGAGUCUUGUCUACUCCGUCAUUCUGAUCCUUGUGCUUUACUCUGAUUUUGACCUCCAUCUGCUGCUGACUGGCUGAUUCGUAUCUAGGUCUAUGCUCACCACGACUCUUCUUGCCACUGUGGCUACUCUCUCUUCCUGAGGGAAAACAGUGCUAACAUUUGAUGAGGACAGGCCCAGGGAACAGCAGCCCCAGCCACCCUGGUAACCGGCAGGCUCCAAAGUGUUGCCUGCAUCGCAAGAGUUUCCUUCUUUCUACUUACUGGGAGGCUGCGCAUCCUUAAUAGUGCUAUCUAAUAUUUACAGUUGAUAGUGAGAUUCAUAGGGUGCUGCCAUGGUACAUCAGCAGGGAAACUGUGGCAACUCACCACCUGAUUUUCAUCAACAGCCACUAAGCCUAAAAAUGAGGGAAGGGAGAAAAUGGAAGGAUUAUGGAUCCGUUUUGUGUCUCUUUAGAGUCACAGGACAGGGUUCAUGCAGGCUUUCACGGAAGACGUUGGGUGUUAGCUUUCGCUAGCCCUGUUCGUUACAGGCCUGAGUGUGGUUUAUCAAGAAUAAGGCUGGUGGUGGUUCUCGCUCUGCCUUACUCCUUAGACAUGUUUCCCCUUUCACCAUCUGGAGCUCUCAAGACUAGGAAAUUUAUAGUCAGGCUGGAGACUGUCCUCAGCCAAGGAGGAGGACAAUUUGUUUCUAUUUUGUUUGUUCGUUUAUUUUGUUCUUAAGAUUCCACAUAUAAGUGAAAUAUGGUAUUUGUCUUUCUCUGUCUGAUUUAUUUCUAGAGAAAGAGCUAAUUCCAGGCACAUAAAGCCAAUUGGUUGGUCCUUGAUAUUAUACCUGUACAGAGGGAAUAAAAGGUGGAAGGAGACUAUUAGACCUGAAGUAAAAGGGUUGGGGGAAACAUUUUUAUUUCAUUUUGUUUUUUAGAAAGACCCAUACCCCAGAUCUGGCCUGGGGUCAUUCAGAACCCUAAUGGUGAGGUUCCACUGCAAGGACAAGGGUCCCGCCAGUCUCAGCUCUCCAUCCCCUCUCCCCUGCAGCAAGAAGACCUAAGACCGGGCGUCUGCUGUGACAAUGGCUUGGAUAGGGCCCUUGGAAUAUCUACACUUGGCUCUAGUUAUAAAAGACUAAGGUUUGACCUUGGAAAUAUAAGCAAACUUCCUGGGAUGUGUAGAUUAGACCCGUCUAACUGAUGGUAGGAGAGUCAUCAGAGGCAGACUUUUGUCCACUGUGGGUAUUAUUGCACCUAAGUUUAGAUAGGAUACUGCUGACUGUGAAGGAAGCAAAGGUGCUCUCCAAGCCGGGAGAAAUGGGUUAGGAGGGAUACUAACAGGUCGUGCUUAUGGAUGUAUCCUGGAGACUUGGAGCCAAUGUGGGUGUGGUUUAAAGACAUCCCAGAAACCCUGAGCAGUGACUUACCCCAUGUCACAUCUAGAAAACGACGUCUAACUCCUGAAGCUGAACAAAGAGCUCAUCUUCCCUCUUCCCUCUCAGCCCGUCACAGGCAUUCAUUGCCACAGCGCAGGUGAACUGUAAAGGUGACGAGUACUUCGUUACGAUAGAUACGUAGGGGAUGUUUUAGUGGGAAAGCCAGGGAACACAAGAAACAGUAAUGAAAACAUUGGCUCUUACUGGUGCUUUUUUGUUGUUAGUUAGAAUUAGCGGUAGCCAAAGUAACUUUAGAGCACAGUAGGAAAGGACCUGGCUAGGUAGCUCAGCUAGAUCCUUGUCCCCAUACGCCAAGCUGGCUCCAAUCCCCAAUCUGGGAACGCACAAGAAUCAACCAAUGAGUGCAUAAAUAAGCGGAACAAAAAAUCAGUCUCUCUCUCUUCCUCUAAAAACCAUUUUUUUAAAAAAGCAUAUUAGGAGAAGCAAAGGAAAUAUAUUGCAGGAGACUCCCUGCCUUUGAGGAGGUCACAGUCUAGCCAGGGAGAAAAGUACAUAAAAUGCCUUGAGAAGAUUACAAGCAAUAUUUCGACAAGUGCAAAGUGAUUGAGUGUGAGAAACAGAAGACCUAAUGCUCCAGGGUACAGAUGACAGGGGCGAGAUUUCAUCUGGCUUAUCCUAUAGAUCAGAAAGUGGAGGCCCAUAACUAGAUCCUGCCCCCAAAUUAAUUGAGUUUGGCCCACUGGCGGUUAUUUUUUAUAAAACCAAGUUGUACCUAGUUGGGAGAAAAACACCAGCUAAUAAAUAUAGAAAGAGUGAUAGAAUUUGAAAAACAGCAUUUUGUGAACUUAAUAAAAGUAUUGAUUUGGCAAAGAUUAUUAAUUGGUGUUAAAACCAUAGGUAAAAUGGUUGGUGGACAACUGGACAUCCAUAUAGUGCCAAGCAACACCAUCAGUUUAUAGUCUUGAGGCCAAAAAUGUAUGUUGGAGGGAUCAGACUGUUAUCACUUGUUUUCUGGAAUGGGUCUUAGUAACACUAACCAAUAGACCAAUUCUGGUGAGAGGCACAUAGAUAACCCAACCUGGUAUACAUUCUAGCUAUUCCCCACCCCCAAAAAAGAAUUAAUUAUUAGAUGUAACUUGCAGUUUACAGGACACUAGGAGGGAGCAACUAGACAAAUCUAAAAGGUGAGGCAUUCUUCAGGGCACCUGGCCAGCUCUCUUCAGCAAGUCGGUACGAUUUUUUAAAAACAUGUUUUUACUGAUUUCAGAGAGAGGAAGGGAGAGGGAGAGACAGAAACAUAAUGAUGAGAGAAUCAUCGAUUGGGUCCCUCCUGCAUGCCCCACACAGGGGAACAAGCCCGCAGUCCAUCCAUAUGCCCUGACUAGGAAUCGAACUGCACCUCCUGGUUCUUGUGUUGACGCUCAAACACUGAGCCACACUGGCCGGGCUGUAUGAAAGUCAAAACUACUAGGUAAGUACCUUAGAGAUACUUAAGGUAUAUGAUAACAACAUAAUGCAUGGUCCUGGAUUCCCUAUUGGUUUAAACAAGUUGCUAUAAAAGAUAACUAGGGUCACCCUAGCCAAGCCGUGGGCAAACUAUGGCCCGCGGGCCGGAUCCGGCCCCUUUGAAAUGAAUAAAACUAUUGAAAAAAAAGACCGUACCCUUUUAUGUAAUGAUGUUUACUUUGAAUUUAUAUUAGUUCACACAAACACUCCAUCCAUGCUUUUGUUCCGGCCCUCCGGUCCAGUUUAAGAACCCAUUGUGGCCCUCGAGUCAAAAAGUUUGCCCACCCCUGCCCUAGCCGGUUUGGCUCAGUAGAUAGAGCAUUGGCCUGCGGACUAAAGGGUCCCAGGUUCGAUUCUGGCCAAGGGCAUAUGCCUGGGUUGCCGGCUUGAUCCCCAGUAGGGGACAUGCAGGAGGCAGCCUAUCAAUGAUUCUCUCUCAUCAUUGAUGUUUCUAUCUAUCUCUCUCCCUUCCUCUCUAAAAUCAAUGAAAGUAUAUAUAUAAAAAAAAGAUAACUGGGGUCAAUUGGGAAAUUUUUAGUAUGGAUGGGAUUAGAUAAGGUGCAAAUUUACUAAAAUGAAAAGUUCAAAAUCAUUAACAAAAUGCCAGUUCCAAAACCAUAUAUACAGAAUAAUCAUAUUUUGUUUAUAAUAUGUCUAUAUAUUUAUU